UCGUCUGGAUAUUGGGUUAUGUAACAUUCGAUAUUAUUAUAAUCCCUUACAUUAUCAAAAGAAGAACUUUCAAUUCUAAUCAGUUUAACUAUUAAAAGGUAUAUAUACACAAAGAAUAUAUAAUAUACAAUGAAAAAGCAUCCUGUUCAACGAGCCAUGAGAUAAUAAAGGGUUGUUUGUUAUAUAUCAUUACUUUUUAAACAACCGGCGAAAUAUAUUUAGUUUGGCAAUGCGUUAACUUUAUGGCAUUUCAAACAGCACAUUCAUGAAGCCUUGAUUUUUACAUUGAUUAGCUAAAAUAGAUAUAUCUCCUGGUAAUUGGAUUAGGGCCGUGCAUGAGGAGGGAGGGAAGAAGAGCGUUGGACAGCGAACGCCGGGCGGGAGACAGACAAUGAUCGGGAGAAGCGGGGAGAAAAGCUCGAGACAGUUUAAACACAGGCUUCUGCGGUGUGAUCAGAGCCAAAUUAAGGGCAUCAAUUAAAUCAAUAAUGAGACAGCGCAGUGGCACUUUACCAGGCUGCCUGCGCAGCACAGCGUAGUCUUUGUAUCACACCCUGAUCUGCUACUUAUAUGGAUCUGUGAGAGAAGCUUUAUGAGAUAGCCGUAUCAGAGGGUAAGAUGGACUCCUCACAGCACUUCAAUGAUCACCACACCACCAUCUCCUCCUCUGCAAAAUACUCCAAUUCUGGGAUUCACAGAAGUGACCUCAGUAAUGUCACCCAGAGUCACAAUCUAAUGGAACAUCUGCAGCUUGCUAUGACUCCUGCUCCUCCCUCUCGGCGUCAGAUGACUUUCCACCUGGACUGCCGUGCCCUUCAGCUCCUGUUCCCUGGCCUCAUCCUCAAUUCGCCCACAGAGACAGCCCUGGCCUGCAUCGCUGUGUUUCUGCUGGCCGUAUUCUUUGAGGGGCUGAAGGCUGGCCGCGAGGUUCUGCUGCGUGGGAGACGGGCCGGACCAGGCCCUGACACCGGAGCUGUUCCUAUGCCUGAUGGGAGCGUGCGGACAGAAAUGCAGCAGUUGGCUGGCCAGCAGAUGUUCAGCCUGUGUCACCUGCUGCAGGCCACGCUGCACAUCACCCAGGUGGUGCUCAGCUACCUCCUCAUGCUGCUCUUUAUGAGCUACAAUGGCUACCUCUGCACGGCUCUGGCUGCCGGCGCGGGCCUCGGCUUCUUCCUGUUCGGCCGGAAGAAGGCAGUGCUCGUUGGUGUUCCGGCACACUGCCGCUGAUGCUUUUCUUCUGCAGACGUUCCCCCCGCACUUUGAGCCAGCCCACCUGGACAUGCCAUUGGUCGGCUUGCUGCCCCAGUCUCUCCUCAUUCGCAGGCGUAGUAGUGGACUGAUAUCAUAUUAAGUGACUCUUCUGCAGGGUUGUCCAUUCGUCAUUUGCCAUCUAGCUUGUGUUUUUGCAAACCUACCCACAAUAAAACAGGUACAUUUUGAGCUUUUCAUGGA